AGGCCUCUAUCUUGAGCUAUGACGGCAGCAUGUACAUGAAGAUCAUCAUGCCUAUGGUCAUGCAUACAGAAGCAGAAGAUGUGUCCUUCCGUUUCAUGUCCCAGCGUGCUUAUGGGCUGUUGAUGGCAACCACCUCACGAGACUCUGCUGACACUCUGCGCCUGGAGCUGGACGGAGGCCGUGUCAAACUUAUGGUUAAUUUAGACUGUAUCAGGAUAAACUGUAACGCCAGCAAGGGACCCGAAACUCUUUAUGCUGGGCAGAAACUCAAUGACAACGAGUGGCACACUGUCCGAGUAGUUCGUCGAGGAAAGAGCCUCAAGCUGAUGGUGGAUGAUGAUGUUGCUGAGGGCACGAUGGUUGGUGAUCACACCCGUCUGGAAUUCCACAACAUUGAGACAGGAAUCAUGACAGAGAAGCGGUACAUCUCAGUCAUCCCCUCCAGCUUCAUUGGCCACCUCCAGAGCCUUAUGUUCAAUGGGAUGCUCUACAUUGACCUGUGCAAGAAUGGCGACAUUGACUAUUGCGAGCUGAAGGCACGCUUUGGUCUCCGCAACAUUAUAGCUGACCCUGUGACGUUCAAGACCAAGAGCAGCUACCUGAGCUUGGCCACCUUGCAGGCUUAUACAUCCAUGCACCUCUUCUUUCAGUUCAAGACCACCUCAGCUGAUGGUUUCAUCCUCUUUAAUAGUGGUGAUGGCAAUGACUUUAUUGCAGUUGAACUAGUCAAGGGGUAUAUACACUACGUGUUUGAUCUUGGAAAUGGACCUAAUGUUAUCAAAGGCAACAGUGAUCGUCCUCUUAAUGACAACCAAUGGCACAAUGUUGUCAUCACCAGAGAUAACAGUAACACACAUAGCCUAAAAGUGGACACUAAAGUGGUGACUCAGGUUAUCAAUGGUGCCAAAAACCUGGAUCUUAAAGGUGAUCUCUACAUUGCUGGCCUAGCUCAAGGCAUGUAUAGCAACCUUCCAAAGCUAGUGGCCUCACGUGAUGGAUUUCAGGGCUGUCUAGCAUCUGUGGACUUGAACGGGCGUCUGCCUGAUCUAAUCAAUGACGCUCUGCACCGCAGUGGGCAGAUUGAGCGUGGAUGUGAAGUUGAGUUGACCAAAGCUGACCUGCAAGGACCGAGCACUACCUGCCAGGAAGACUCCUGUGCGAAUCAAGGCAUCUGUAAUCAGCAAUGGGAAGGCUUCACCUGUGAUUGCUCCAUGACUUCAUAUUCUGGGAGCCAGUGUAAUGACC